CUUCCAUCCUGAUCCCGGGCUGUGAACGGAGAUGCGGGCGGCGGGUUCCACCGCCCAACAGGUGGAACGUCUCCUCAGUUACACCUCCUUAGCGCUGGUCCCAGUCCCUUUCUGUCCUGCCUUAGACAAUCCCAGGGCAAUCUCUCCGCUUUCGUCUAUAUUCAGGCCGGUUUGAUGUCUAACUAACCCCUCCCUCGUGUGAGAUUAGUUGGGAGUGGCCAGGACACUGAACACCAAAGAUCUUAUAGCGGAUCUUUGCUGAACACUUGCAGCCAAAUAACAUUCAUUCCCCGAGACGCCUGCGUGCGCAGUGGGAAACACUUUGAACCAGGAAGUGCCGGAAUGGCUGCGAAAGACCCGGUCGAGAGUUGGACCGAGGAGGUAGUUUGUUCCAUCUGCCAGAAUAUCUUCACCGAUCCGGUUAUACUGGAGUGUGGGCACAACUUCUGCCGCUCCUGUAUCACACAGAGUUGGGACAGGGAGGGGAGAAACCCCUGCCCGGAAUGUAGAGAAGAGUUUACAGGCCGCUCCCUCACGGUGAAUCGGGCCAUGGUUAGACUGUCUGAGAAAGCUCGAGCACUGAGCCCGAAUCUCACAGCGAAGAAAAGUAAACUUCAGUGCGAGAAACAUCAGAAAGAACUGCAGCUGUUUUGUAAAACCGACAAGAAAAUGAUCUGUUUGAUUUGCGCGUCUGCGCAGGAACACACGUCUCACAGCUUCGAGCCGAUAGCAGUAGCUGUUGAAUAUCUACAAGGAUCAGGCAAAGCUUCUUUCGAAUCACUCACAGAAAAAACAUCAGAGAUCCAGAAAAUGGAGCAGAAACAGAAAGAGAGCAUUUCUGGAGUUCAGAAACAGUCACACAACCUUCAGUCACAGGUCACAUCCCAGUUUGUUGAACUGCACCAGAUUCUCACUGAGAAAGGGCAGCACUUACUCAGAGAUAUCCGGGAAGAGGAGAAGAAGAUUGUAAAAUCAAUGGAGAAAAAUCUUCAAGAGAUUCAAGAAUAUUUAAAAUCCAUUCAGGAGGAUCUCUCAAAGUUACAGGAACACACAGACCACAAGGAUGGCACGAUAUUUCUGAAGGAAGAAGCUGGUUGCAAGAGGAGGGUUAGUGAUGAAGCCAAACUAAUGUCGGUGGAAGAUGGUGCGUUACCGAUUGAAAAGUUUGAUCGCACCUUUUUCUACAACAUGGCAUUGAGAGAAACAUCUGAUAUCAUCAAACGAGUCUCUGUCACCCUGGAUGUGGAAACAGCGCAUCCGCUGCUCGAGGUUUCUGAGGAUCGGAAGAGUGUGAGAUGGGCCUGGACCCGGAGGAGACUCCCUGACACCGGGAAGUGGUUUACAGUCUGGCCGUGUGUGCUGGGAUCAGAGGGAUUCACAUCGGGGAGACAUUACUGGGAGGUGGAGGUGGCGGGGAGUCAAUGGUGGAGUCUAGGAGUCGCUGCAGAGUCUGUGGAGAGAAAGAGACCGGUCACACUGACCCUGGAGACUGGAGUCUGGAGCAUCAGGCGGCAGGGUGACGAGUUUGAUGCAGUCACCUCCCCUCCAUCCCGUCUCCCCGCCCGUCCCAUCCCCGGGAGGGUUGGAGUUUAUCUCAGUUACGAGUUCGGGACAGUUUCAUUUUACGACGCGGACACCAAGUCCCAUCUUCAUACCUUCACUGGGAAUAAAUUCACGGAGAAACUUUAUCCUUUCUUCGCGGCUUGGCGUAAAGAGCAAUGGCUGAGAAUCUGCUCCGGUUCCGCUCUAGGUGUGUAAAAGGGUCGGGUCCCGGGAC